CAACCCCCUCACCCACUCUACUUCCUCUGUUCGAUCCUUUCACUCAAUUCCCAAACUUUCACGCGCAUUUCGAUCUCAACCAGCUCAAAUGGAGUUCGAGGGAAUUCUACUGGGAAUGGGCAACCCCCUCUUGGAUAUUUCUGCUGUCGUGGAUCAGGAGUUCUUAGACAAGUAUGACCUUAAAAUGAACAAUGCAAUUCUCGCAGAGGAAAAGCACUUGCCUAUGUAUGAAGAAAUGGCAUCGAAGUAUAAAGUGGAGUACAUUGCUGGAGGGGCUACUCAAAAUUCAAUCAGAGUUGCCCAGUGGUUGCUACAAAAACCUGGUGCAACUGGUUACAUGGGUUCCAUUGGGAAGGACAAAUUUGGGGAAGAAAUGAAGAAAAAUGCAACGGAAGCUGGUGUCAACGUUCAUUAUUAUGAAGAUGAUUCUCCAACUGGCACUUGUGGUGUCUGUGUGCUUGGUGGCGAAAGGUCACUUGUUGCCAAUUUGUCAGCUGCCAAUUGCUACAAACCUGAUCACUUGAAGAAACCAGAAAACUGGGCCUUGGUGGAAAAGGCCAAAUACUACUAUAUUGCUGGGUUUUUCCUCACAGUUUCUCCAGAGUCUAUCAUGCUUGUUGCUGAGCACGCAAUUGCAAAAAACAAGGUUUUCUGUACAAACCUUUCUGCUCCAUUUAUUUGUGAGUUCUUCAAGGAUGUACAAGACAAAGUAUUACCGUAUGUGGACUAUGUUUUCGGGAAUGAAACGGAAGCAAGAACUUUCUCCAAAGUUCAUGGCUGGGAGACAGAGGAUGUGACAGAAAUAGCUUUGAAAAUCUCCCAGUUGCCAAAGGCAUCUGGAACGCACAAAAGAGUUACUGUUAUUACACAGGGUGCAGAUCCAGUUGUGGUUGCGGAGGAUGGGAAGGUGAAGUUGUUGUCUGUCAUUCCAUUGCCUAAAGAGAAACUUGUCGAUACCAAUGGUGCAGGGGAUGCCUUCGUUGGGGGAUUUUUGUCUCAGUUGGUUCAAGAGAGAUCCAUUGAAGAUUGUGUAAGAGCCGGUUGCUACGCAGCUAAUGUCGUCAUCCAGAGGCCCGGUUGCACAUACCCGGAGAAGCCAGAUUUUAAAUGAGAGUCAUCCUUCCAUUUUCCAUUACCUUUACUAUUCUUAGCUGAAAUUUGAAUAUCAAAAACUUAUUGCAUGUAUUUUUGCCGUAUUUGUAUUUGGCCUACACUAUUCAUUGUAGUGCCUGCGCCACUCCACGCCCAGCCGGCCCACGCCACCUCCGUUGUAUUCUUGUUUGCAAGGGAUUUUGGUUCCUUUAAUAUCAUAUUUUUUGCUUAAUCACUUAA